AUGUUCGCCAUGGAUUACUCCUACCUGAACUCGUACGACUCGUGCAUGGCGGCCAUGGAGGCGUCGGCCUACGCGGACUUCAGCUCGUGCAGCCAGGCCAACUCCUUCCAGUACAGUCCCAUCCGCGGCAGCUUCGCCGCCAGCCCGGGCUGCCCGCCGCUCGCCGGCGCCAACUGCACGCUGGGCGCCCUGCGCGACCACCAGCCCCCGCCCUACGCCGCAGUUCCCUACAAGUUCUUCUCGGACCCCUCCACCAUCAACGAGAAAAGGAAGCAGCGCAGGAUCCGUACCACGUUCACCAGCUCGCAGCUGAAGGAACUGGAGAGAGUCUUCGCCGAGACCCACUACCCGGACAUCUACACCCGAGAAGAGCUGGCUCUCAAAAUCGAUCUCACUGAAGCCAGAGUUCAAGUAAACUGGGACCUGGCUCAUUGGGCCCUGCCCUCUGUCUCUCCUCUGCUUCAGGUCUGGUUCCAGAACCGCCGGGCCAAGUUCCGCAAGCAAGAGCGAGCGGCCAACGCCAAAGGGCAGAAUGGCGGCAACGGCGGCUCCUCGGCCGGCAAGAAGCCAGACCCCCGCUCCUCCUCGGAAGACGACGAGUCCAAGGAAUCCAACUGCAGCCCGACCCCCGACAGCACCGCCUCUCUGCCCACCGCCGGCAACCUGAACAGUCCCGGCAGCAGCUUGAGCCCCAGUCCCAGCACGGGGCCGCAAGGCAUGGGACCAGGCCACGUGGCGCAGUCUCUCAAGGCUCCCCUGUGGGCUGGGGUGACCACCAGCAAUGGGGCCACCAACACGGCCGACCUGCUGAAGGCUUGGCAGCCGGCGGAGGCCAUGCCGGGACCUUUCUCCGGGGUGCUUUCCUCUUUCCACCGGAAGCCCAACCCCCUCAAGGCAAACCUCUUCUAA